UGCAGCCCAACUCCCUCUUCCUCUUCUUCAAAAUUUAGAAACCCUUUCUCUUCUGCACUGCUCUACAGAAGGCUCUCUCCCCUCAUCUGUUUGUUAGUAGUAAUUCAUAUUUAAGCCUGCACAAAUCACAGAAAGCUUUCUGUCUCAGCUCUCGAUAUACUAGUCUCUCUUACACCAUUAACGAGAAAAAACUCUCUGCUUUUUUUUUUUCUUCUCUCCCCAUUAAAACACAUCACUAUAGCAGUACAGCUGAAGCUGAUAGCUCUGUCCACUCCCAUCCCUAUGCUCAUUUAGCCCUUUUUCUUUUUUAUCAUCUCUCUGCUUUGAUUUUCAUUUUUGCCCCCAUCUAUAUAUAUAUAACAGAGCACAGUGUCUUUGGUGUUUAGCAAGGAAUGCAAGAACAGGGGCUGGGAAUGAUGAAUAGUGGGGGUAGUGGUUCAAUUGGUGGGUUGAGUAGCGGGGAAGUAUCUGUUUCUGGUGAGGAGAACCGCCAGUUCAAGGCGGAGAUAGCUACACACCCACUUUACGAACAACUAUUGGCAGCACACGUUUCUUGUCUCCGGGUUGCCACGCCCAUCGAUCAGUUGCCUCUUAUUGAUGCCCAGUUGUCCCAAUCUCACAGUCUUCUUAGGUCCUAUGCUUCUCAGCAUCAUCACUCUCUCUCCCACCAUGAAAGGCAGGAGCUUGACAACUUCAUGGCACAGUACUUGAUAGUGCUGUACAGUUUGAAAGAUCAGCUUCAGCAUCAUGUCAAAGUCCACGCGGUUGAUGCUGUCAUGGCUUGCCGUGAAAUUGAAAGCAAUUUACAAGCUCUUACUGGUGCAACUCUGGGUGAAGGUACAGGUGCAACUAUGUCUGAUGAUGAGGAUGACCUUCAGAUGGACUUCUCCUUGGAUCAAUCUGGUGUAGAUGGGCAUGACUUGAUGGGAAUUGGUCCUCUGCUUCCAACAGAAUCUGAGAGGUCUUUGAUGGAAAGGGUCCGGCAGGAGCUGAAGAUUGAACUCAAACAGGGUUUUAAAUCGAGAAUUGAAGAUGUCAGAGAGGAAAUUUUACGAAAAAGAAGGGCUGGAAAGUUACCUGGUGACACAACUACAGUGCUGAAGAAUUGGUGGCAGCAACACUCUAAGUGGCCAUACCCAACCGAAGAUGAUAAGGCAAAGCUAGUGGAGGAGACAGGGUUGCAACUAAAGCAAAUAAAUAACUGGUUCAUCAACCAAAGGAAGCGCAACUGGCACAGCAACUCUCAGUCUGCUACCUCCUUGAAGUCCAAGCGCAAAAGGUAGAAAAAUUCCGGAUGGCUAUUCGGGAGGAGAAGCCAUCAAUCUCAACAUUGAUACAUAUGUACUUCUCUGGGGUAAAUAGUUGUAGCUAACAUUUGGUUGAGAGGCACUGGAAGAUUCAGAAUUGCAAAGGCAGAACACAGGUUGUAGUAAUGAGAUGAGUUUAUAUAUGUUGUUAAUUACACCUGUAAGUUUGUAGAUUUAUGUUUCUAACAAAACUAUGAACAUACUUUCCUUGAACACCCUUUUUCUAUGGAAUGCCUCUGUUUUUAUGGUGACAUCUAUAAAUAAAGAUUACUGUUAGCU